AUGGCAAAGAGUUGCUACGAAAAAGUCACCAAAACUGCCCAGGAGGAAAACUUCAGCUUCUUUUCUGUUCUUUUCUUUCAAUGGAUGAGCAUUAUAUUGAAGACGGGAAAUGAACGAGCUAUCGAAAAAGAUGAUCUUUUGCCUCUCAAAGAAGAAAACACUACCUCCUUUCUGUCCGAAAAGCUUCAGUCAAGUUGGAAUCAGGAAACAGACUCCGGCAAAAGAUAUUGUAAAGGACCUAAACUGUGGAAAAGUGUGUUGAAGAUGAUUUCAGUUAAAGAGGCCAUCAUUAUCACUUUAACUGGCAGUCUACGUACAUUUUCUAAUAUUCUCCAACCACUGCUUCUGGGAUAUCUCCUGGAAUCUCUAAGGAAUGCUGAACAAAAGCAUAAUUAUUUUGUGUAUAUCUGCGCAUUGGGAAUUGGAAUAAAUGAAUUGUUCGCUGCUCUCAAUGUUCACCAUUUUUCUUUCCAAUGUGAGAUGCUUGGUAUCAAAAUCAGUGGUGCCCUUAAAGGAUUAGUCUACAACAAGGUAAGUACAACAUCAACGUUACGUUAUGUUAAUCGGUUGCGAGCGCAAUACGUGAUUUCAAAGAGCAAUGUCUCUUCUUUUGUAAAUGAUCAGUGUUCAGUGCAUCUAUGUGUAAUAAAACAAUGCUUACCUCGACCUAGAUUAUUCUGGAUAUCACAAAACGCUCAUCAAAUAAAUGUUUAUUAUUUUCCCCUGUGUAUACUCCGUUAUGUAACAGGCGAUUACAGAAACUGCUGAUUUUUAGUGCUAGGGCGUAACUAAAAGUAAGCUCGGAGAAUUGCGCACAUGCGGACCUUAAACUUCGAAGAAGUGAAAAAAGAAACACGCGCACAACAGAAAACACGGCAAAGAAGUAAACAGUAGAGAGAUAAAACAGUGUAGUGGAUAAGAGUCUCCUAAGAAGACAGCAAACUGUUAAAGGAACAAGAAAAUCGUACACUGAAAAAAACUGAAAGCAACUGAACUCAAGUUUUCAAUUGUUUUUUCGAAGAUUUAAUACACUUACUUUCCCUUUUUAUUUCAUUUCCAAAAUGAAAUCUUAAAUCUUAAUUACCAGACUCAGUGAGGCUUUCGCGAACAUUCGCUUGAACAUUUAAUACCAAACAAAUUAAUGACAACCAAGAAAGUUCGAAAGUUGCUUCAAGCCCCGUUAAAGGGAAUCAGUGAAAGAUAAAGAAAUAUAAGGUACUUGAUUAUCUUUAUUUGGGUUUCUUGCGGGCUCAAGCUUACCCAAUUUUAAAUGACGAUCAGAAUUUUUACAGACCCCCUUUUUUCUCUGCCCUCUUCUUUCUCUUCAAAGUUCGUCGAGCGCGCAUGAUAAAAAAGCAAACACCGCGGGAGAUUCGGUAUAUUUGCUUGGAAACGAGGUUGAUUGAUGACAUAUUUGCCUGGACAGGAGGCUGUUUGGGCAAUGUUGAACGAAAAUGAAAAAAGCGUUCACACGAAAUAGCUGAAUUUCUGACCAAAACUGAGCGGAAGAAAUGCAAGAAUAGGCAAAAAUAUUGCUCGUUGGAUCAGUGUUACUUGCAAGAAAAAAGAUCUGUUUAUAUCUAGCCCGCGUAACAGGCGUUCGAAACGGAAGGGGAAGGUAACUAGUCUGGCUCGAGACCCACCUCGUGUGCCCGAAGCCCCUUCCCUUUCAAACACCUGCCACGCAAUUAUAUCCCAUGAAAGCGUGCCGCGAAAUGAGCUUAAGUCUUGAUGAAAGUCUAUGAGGAGGUAAAUAAGCUCUCGUUUCAAAACAAUCUUUAAAAAACGUUUGAAUGGAUAAAAAAACAGAUAUUUCAUUCGGCUUUCGUAUGAUGUGCAGAAUUGUGCUGAUCACGAAGGCUGUUAUAAGCCGAGGUGGAUAGCGUUCUCCUCGAUCUGCAUAAUUCUUCAAAUCAGACGAAAGCGUCGUUCACUAAACAAUUGUUAAAUAUUGAUUUUUGAUUUUUGCUGCAUGUGCAGACGGUACUGUUCAACUUACAACUAGGCUCUCAUUAUUAAUAAAAAUGCUCCUUUGUGGUGCCACCUAACAUGAUAAUAAAUUUAUCACUUCUGUUUUACAGACGCUUCUUUUAAGCAAGGAUUCCUUGUUAAGGUUCUCAACUGGUCACGUGAUUGAUCUUGUAUCCAACGAUGUUCAGCGACUUGAGGCAGAUACGGUCAGGUUGUUUCUCGUUAUGCCUUUUUCUAUUCUUCAGCUUGUGGUGAUCUCCUACUUACUCGUCCAUUUUAUUGGCUGGCAGACCUCAAUGGGAAUCACUUUUCUGUGUUUACUCCUGCCAUAUCUCGGUGGACUCUCAUCUGCUGGUGCCACAAUACGCUCUCGCACAGCUGCAGUUUCUGAUCGUCGCAUUUCGUUGAUCAACCAAGUUAUUUCUGGGAUUCGCGCCAUCAAGUCAUAUGCAUGGGAAAAAGAAUACAAACAAAAGAUAGGAAAUAUACGAAGGUAAGAAAAAAAUAUCUGCUCAGACUACUCAUGAGUUGGUGAACAAUUAGAAUAUCAUUCAUUUAGUAAUUCAGUCUGCAAUUGGUCAUUGCUAAUAAAUGAAAAUGUAGCUUGAAGUCAUAAGUACAACAUUGAAAAUUAAUUUAAACGGAGACCUUCACUAUGAAAGACAUUUGAUUGUUUCAAUAACCCCAAUAAGUACUACGUUACAGCGUAUGAGACAGCUGCAUUUUUAAAUAUCAGAAUUCCUGGAAAAUUGUGAGCCCUAAUGCUCAAUUGAUUUAUAAUCACUGCUUAUUCCAGCUAAGCUUAGCAUAAAUACAGUUAUCAGUAAUACCAUAGAGUAAAUCUCUAAAACGUUUUGACAUUUUAUGCAGUCCGUGAAAGAGCCAGCAUUGGAGCCGUGCAAUGUCGUUCUUAACUUAUUUUUCGGCCGUAAAACGUUGCUUCUUUUAGUCAGUGCACACAUACAUUUUUAUGUUUCAGAAACGAAAUAAGCUUCAUUCUGAAGAAGAGUGCCGUUUUAUCAGCCAUUGCUGCAUUGGAGUAUACUUCGACACCAAUGGCGACCAUGCUGACAAUCAUCACACUUUCACUGACUGGUCAUCCCCUGACACCAGCAAACGUAUUCAUUUUGCUUUCCUUUAUCAAUUUACUACGUCAGAACUUCUGUAUAAACGUGGCCUAUGGUUUGCUUCAGUCAUAUGAUGCUUACGUUUCCCUAAGAAGAAUUCAAGACUUUCUUCUUUUAGACAAUUUAACUUCAACUACCAUUACGAGAAAACGCCUAGAAGAUAACGAAAAUUGGCAAGGUCCUCACAAGUCAGCAAAAUUAGAACAAGAUAUUGUCUUACUUGUGGAGAGUUCCAUGCUACAGGAGAAAGAUAAAGAUGACGGAUUUGGUUCACAAAACGUAGCUACUAAGAAAGGGAGUUUGAUAGUCAUUACCGGGCCAGUAGGGAGCGGAAAAUCAACCCUUCUCUCAACUAUCGCUGGCGAAGGAACAACCAAAAAUAUAAGCAUUACCUGCAGAGGAUCAACUAUCUAUGUGCCACAGAUACCGUGGUUAUUCUCUGGAACUGUAAGAGAUAACAUUUUGUUUGGCGAGCCCUAUGAAGAAUCCAAGUACGCAAGAAUCAUUGAAGCUUGUGCUUUGGCAGAUGACAUCCAGCAGUUUCCCGAAGGUGACAAAGCAGUUGUUGGAGAGCGUGGUGCGGCUCUCAGUGGAGGCCAGCGGGCAAGAGUAAGCUUAGCACGCGCAGUCUACGCCGAUGCAGACCUGUACUUGUUAGAUGACCCCCUUAGUGCGUUGGAUUCUAAGGUUGGACUGCACAUCUUUACGAAAUGCAUCAAAGGCCUAUUAGGACAAAAAACCAGAUUGAUUGCUUCCCAUCACCAACAACUUAUGAGGGAAGCUGAUGAAGUAAUUGUAUUAUUUAAAGGCGAAAUCUUAGAUAAGGGACGUUUUGAUGACCUGAAAGCAAAGGGUCUUUUAAAUACGACUGCUGAUCCACCGUAUAAGAAAGCUACGGACUCAGAUGAGAGCUUUGGUGAGCAAGGAGAAGAAAAAGAUGAGAUUUCUGACACAUCAAAUACAAAAUACCUCAACACCUAUGAAUGUAAGACUCUUCGCUUAUCAGAAGAAGUUCGAGCGAUCGGAGUGGUGUCUACAAGACUGUACUGGAACUUCUUCAGAAGCGGAGCCCCUUUACAAGUGAUCAUUGCAGGAAUUUGCUUCUGCCUUAUUGCUCAAGGUAAUCAAAGGAUUUUGCGACCAAGUUUUAAAACAAUGACAGCAUUUGAACUUUCAAGAACAAACUCCAACAAAAUCCGUGGAAGAUUUAUUUUAGAGAAACCAUUUUCCAAGCCUUUAAAGAGGCUAUGUCACAAGGAUAUUGCUGUUUAAGUCAAUUCUGCGCCGAAGUCAUUGCAUAGUGCCUUUAUGUAUACACAAAUUCUUCUGUAGAGUUAUGAAGAAGAUAUCAAACAAAUUUCUUCAGGGAGCACAAACCAUAACAUUUUUUCUGGUAAUUUUUACAUUUUGUACGCAUAGCAUCAAAACUUGAAACGGAUGGCCCAAAUUUUUCAAGUUUCGAUUCAUGUCCAUCCCGGCUUGCCAUCCGUUGGUAGCAUUUCACGACAGAAAACGGUUUCAACGCCUACAUAAAUAUAGUCUUAAUAACACAACUCUACCAUUAUUUUUGGAAUUCGAUGCGACGAAAUGUACUAGCUUUUGAAAACAUAGCAAAUGGCGUGACAUAGCCUAUUGAAAUAUACCCAAAAAUUAAAUCAGGAACGAGGGUAGUAUGCACAUUCUUUGAUUAAGACGUGAUCUCAGUUAAGGCAGGGGUAGAUCCAGAUAUGAUUGGGUUCAUGGGGGUCUCAACCCCACUAAAUACAACCAGAGGCCAAAAUAGAUGAAAAUACACGUAACCCAUUAGAAAUUUAUUUGCAGUUAAUAUGAGGAUGAUUUAAUUUCAACAACGUACUUGCUAUUUUUUAGCAAUGCUUGUGUCUCCUGACGUGUGGCUGUCGUUGUUGACAAGGAAACAAUCAGAGUAUAAACGAAACAAGAAGAACUUAACCAUCUAUGGUCUUCUCGUGGGUGCCGCAUUCAUAUUUCUCGUCAUUCGAGCGUUUGGCUUCUAUCUGGUAUUUGUAAGAUGUUCUGAGCGUCUUCAUGAUAGAAUGGUCGAGGCUGUUCUACAUGCACCAGUCUUUUUCUUUGAUUCAAAUCCCGUGGGAAGAAUUAUGAAUAGGUUUUCCAAAGACGUAGGCAGCAUGGACGAAGUACUGCCUAAAACAUUUUUGCGGUCAAUUCAGCUCAUCUUACUACUGCUGAUGACCAUUCUCGUGCCGACAGUCACAAACCCUUGGAUUUUGCUUGUUUUUACGCCAAUAGCUGUACUGGCGGGACUGUGGUCAAGAUAUUACCUUAAGACAUCUAGGGAGCUGCAAAGAUUGGAGUCUAUCUGUCGCAGUCCUGUAUAUUCUCAUAUUUCGGAAACGCUGGAUGGACUGGAUACAAUAAGAACAAGGAAUAAAGAAGGGGAUUUCGUCUCUCGCUUUCACAGGUAUCAUGUCACACAUUCGUCGUAUCUUUUAGGUUAAUUUCGCUUUGUUUCUUUUUUAUUAUUUUUAGAGUUUGGCUAUCUAAACAGGUGCAAAAGUGAGCAGGGAAAAACAAUAAUUUAUUAUUAUUUUCUUUUUUAUAACAAGUGAGUUUAUUAAUCCCUUAAAAUGGUUCAAAAUCUUACUUUCCAACGCUAGACUUCCGUCAGCGCUAAACAAGGAAUUGUUGGCUCUCAAAACGAAAAAAAAAAACUAGAAUAAUAGCCUUUGCGCCAAUGUUCACACAAUACAGGAUAGCUUUUGAGCCGGCACGAAAACCAUAGUGGAUAGAGCUUCUCUUCACACAUAAGAACGGUGAUUUCGGCGAUUUCUGUAACGGAGCGAAGCUGUGCCGCACCGAUCUCUAAAAUGGGAAGUCACAUAUCGGAUAGGUGCUCAUACUAUACUAGGAAUUAUUUAUGACUUAUUUGGAAAUGGCGUUGAUCGGUGUUACGUUCUUUUUUCCUUUUCGCAAUUGCUGGUAAUUUUUCCAGCCAAACCGUUCAAUUAAAUUAAGUCCAGAAUCCAGGAUAUGAAAGGAGGAGUGUAUGCAAAGAUCCUCGCCAAGAUUCAGCUCAGUGUAAUUUUUCACAAGCGAGCUAUCAAGUUCGGAGAUAUGUUUUACCAAAAUUUAUAGGGCUUUGUAUGGAGACGGCAUAUUGGUGUCCUUCCUGAUAUGCACCAACAUGGCGGCCGAAAAACAGCAGAAACAUCUGUCACUAAGUUGUACUACGAAAGCGCGUCUCUUAAGGAACUCAUAAACAUUUAAAUUAAUAUGUUUUCUAAUACAAUGACUAUUCAGAUAGCUCAAUCCCCACUGAGUCACGUUUUUAAACUAUAUGACAGCUUUCUCGCCCGCCAUGUAAAUCAUGGUUCACCAAAAGAUUAGAAAUUCAAGCGUACUUUAUCAAAGAGGAAGAGUCUUUUCAAAGUGAAAAUUUGUCUGAAUAUUAGUUUUAAGCUGCUGUAAUACGUCAUGGAAGUAAAAAACUUUUUUCGCGUUUUUCGGGCGAACGAAGCACGAAACGAGCGUGGAGCGGCCAGGCAAGCGCGACGCUUCAGAAGAUGCGAAAAAGCUAUCGCCUUUUCUGCAGGCUAUGGGGAAUCCAAGUUUGCAAGUCACUAACAUCCACGCGCCGAGCGCGCAAACAAUUUAUAAAUCUUGCUUCAAGAAGAAUAAACAUGUUCAGAAGAGUAGGAAUUCUGGAGAAAAAACCGCUUUGAAAAAAAUCCCAGAAACCCUUGGGAGGUUUCUUCUGGCCCCACAACCUAAUCGAACUGUGUCGUAGGUAGAGGCUUUUCUAGCAGUUGUAACUGUAAAAGAAGGUGUAAAAAGUACAUUCCUUGUUGGUUGUAGGUGUCAAGAUGUACAUACAAAAUCGUUUAUCGUGUUACUUGCCAGUGGGCGAUGGCUUGGUGUACGCUUGGACAUUUUUUCUUCUCUGUUGACUGGCGCAGUGGCCCUUGCUGCCGUUUUGGUUUCAGAAGAUCCUGGUAUGUCAUAAGACUACUGCAAAGAUGGUUGAAAGAACGUGUUUAGAAUUGACCUCACUCUUUUAGCCUGAAUUGUGCUAUAAUUUCAUCACUGUCAACACUGUCCUUUUUGCCAUGGCACUGAUCGAUCACUGAUCGAUCACUGAUCUCGUAGUACAUGUGCAUUUAAAACACAGCGUCUCGCCGAGUUGGGUCCUGAUUCAGCAUUCCCACUCUUUUUUAAAGACAAUCUCGCAUCCCGAACUUCUCCGAAUAUCUACCCCGAAUGCCGUUUUCUUUUCCAAUACCGCGAAUCCUGCUUCCACCGUAGCAGUCAAAUCCCUCAUCACAUCAAGAAAUUCUGCUUUUUCCCGAAUCCCCCAAUGUAUUUCAAUCAAAUCACGGAUCCCGAGGAUAUCCUUCCAGACCCUCAGAAAAGACUCAGAGCUUAAGCCUGUAGUGUAGUCUUUUAACGCCUACAUGUAGUUAAAGCAGUUGGUAAGUCAACGGACUGUUCCUAUGUGAGGCUCACGAUUAGGAAUCCAUGAGUUUGGACCACAAACCAUUAAGUUUCAAAAAACACCAAGGAAACCAUGAAAGCCUGCGAAGAUUCCACGUAUGGGUAUAGGUUGCGUAUGGACUCGGUCGCCAAAUAAAUUCCCACACCACAAAACAAAAGUAACCAACAAUGGCUUCCGAAAUUUCCUUUAACUUGAAACCCUCUCCAAUCUCUAUUUUGAAUACUCAAAUUUUGAAUCUGAGUUUGCCCGGGUAGGUUGUUAAGUUUAAGUUUUGUCUGGAUUGAGAAUUUUUUCUUGUAUUCCUUGUAGCCCUCGUUGGACUAUCCCUGGUUUACGUAGUCCAGACCGUGAAUCUGACGCAAUUUGCUGUCCGUCAGUUAACCGAGGUUGAAAAUCUUAUGACAGCAGUUGAAGGAGUUAUCACUUACACUGAACUCGACCCUGAACCUGGUUACAAAGUCAAGCAUCUUCCCCCGGAAAAUUGGCCAGACAAAGGAAGUGUCACAUUUCAAGAUGUUUCCAUGACGUAUCAUCCAGGGGGUCCACAAGUUCUAAGGAAUAUUUCUUUAAGCAUCAAAGCAGGAGCUAAGAUUGGAGUUGUGGGCCGCACGGGGUCAGGGAAAUCUUCCUUCGCGGCGGCACUAAUGCGCAUGCCUGAAGCUGAAGGAGAUAUUUUGAUUGAUGACGUAUUGCUAAGAAAUAUCAAUCUAAAAGAGUCUCGACGAGCAAUAACCGUCCUUGGUCAAAAUCCUGCUCUUUUUAGUGGAUCGUUAAGAAAAAACCUCGACGUAAUAGAACAAUUUCAAGACGCCGAACUAUGGCAGGCUCUGGAGCAAGUGCAAGUAAAAAAUCUUGUGGAGAAUUUGGAGGGUCAGUUGGAUUACGAGUUGUUGGAGAAUGGUGCAAAUUUAAGUAUAGGAGAACGGCAACUAAUCUGCUUGGCUCGCGUGUUGCUGCAUCAAAAGAAAAUCGUCAUCUUGGAUGAGCCCACUGCACACGUGGAUCCAGACACAGAACGAACAAUCUGGAACGUUGUGCAUGAAAAAUUGAGUGACUCGACUGUUAUAACAGUAGCUCAUCGGUUAAAUACCAUCACAAACUGUGACAAGAUCUUAGUUUUGGAUAGUGGGGAAGUUAGUGGGUUUGAUAGCUUCCAGGUUCUAUGUAAUAGACCCGGAAAUAAGUUACACGAAAUGGCUCAAAAGACAGAAGCCCCAAAAUAG